GAUAAGCGGCUCGUAAUUUUGUAACCUAUCGAUUCGUCUUUGCCACUUUCCCCUGGGCCUCUAAGGCUCUACUUCUCCACUAUCUCUGGCGCUCUAUCAUGCGGAUCAUGGGAAGCAUUUCUGAUGGACACGGAGUGACCGCGAUAUAAAGAGGCACUUGGCACCUUAUCUUCCCCUGGUCGUCCCCUCGCGCUCCCCGGUAGCGUUGCUGUAGGUCCUGCCCUGUUCUCGUCCCUGCAACUGCCCGCCAUGAGCUCGCAAGACGUGGAGUCCCUCAGCAAGGUGUCGUCCUUGGACGAGAAGGCGUCCAAGGCCAAUGUACACGUCGCCGCCGUCAGAAAUGAGGUCGAUACCGGCGCCCAGCUCGUUGCGGGCACAGCCAUGACCGUAGAUCCCGCCGAGGCCAACCGUGUCCGGAAGAAGAUCGACAGGCACCUUAUGCCUUUGAUGUGCGUCCUCUACUGGGUCCAGUUCAUGGACAAGACGACGCUCGGGAGUGCCGCAAUCUUGGGUAUCAAGACCGAUGCGCAUCUCACAACGAGCGAGUACAACUGGCUCGGGACGAUCUUCUACUUGAGCUACCUGUUCUUCGAGUACCCACAGAACCUCGCGCUGCAGCGAUUUCCUGUCGGCAAAUGGAUGAGUUGCAACAUCUUCAUCUGGGCUGUCGCGCUCUGCUGUCAUGCCGCAUGCAAGAACUUCGCCGGUCUCCUCGUCUGCAGACUCUUCCUGGGAGCAUGCGAAGGCUCGAUCACGGCUGGUUUCAUGAUUGUCACGUCUAUGUUCUACACCCGGAGGGAGCAGACACUGAGAGUUGGAUACUGGUUUUUGAUGAACGGAACAGCACAAAUAAUCAUCGGGUUCAUUGCGUUCGGCACGCUGCACAUCACAACAAGCACCUUCCAUCCAUGGCAAUGGCUGGUCAUCAUCACUGGGAUACUGACGCUGAUCACUGCCGUGUGUUUCUGGUUGAUGUUCCCUGACUCGCCGACCACCGCGUGGUUCCUCACUGAAGAGGAGCGUGUGAUCGCCAUCCAGCGGAUUAAGGACAACCAAACCGGUGUCGAGAACAAGCACUUCAAGUGGGAUCAGUUCUACGAAGCACUGCGCGACCCCAAGACGUGGCUCUUCGCACUCUUCUCCGCAUUGGACAACGUGCCCAACAGCCUGACGAACCAGCAGUCCAUCAUCUUCAAGUCGUUCGGCUUCACGACCCUCCAAACGACGCUACUCGGUAUCGUGAAUGGGUUCGUCGAGAUCGUCACAAUCCUCACAGGCGUGCAUCUCGCCGCGCGGCUGCACAAUGCUCGAGCGUAUGUCGGGGUCGUCUACUACCUCCCGGCGAUCCUGGGCAUUUUGCUCGUGAACCUGCUGCCGUGGAGCGAUAAGGUCGGACUGCUGUUUGGCCAGUGGAUGACGGGGAUCUGCACGACCGGAUUCGUGCUUGCACUCUCGUGGCUCACAAACAUCACCGCGGGACAUACGAAAAAGGUUACGGUGAACGCCGUCAUGCUUAUCGCGUACUGUGUCGGCAACGCUGCGGGGCCGUUCAUAUGGCAGGCGAAGUAUACUCCUCGAAACCACGUUCCGUGGACUAUCAUCGGGAUCUGCUACGUUUGCUGCAUGGCCCUCCUGCUCAUCAUCCGCUUCGUCCUCGCACGCGAGAACAAGCGGAGAGAUGCGGAGCCUCCAGAUACGACGUACGAUGACGUCUACAUUGAGGUCGUCCUGCCUGAUGGGAAACGCGUUGAACGCAAGGUCGAGAAGGAGUUCCUGGAUCUGACGGACAUCCAGAACCAUGACUUCCGAUACGUAUUGUAACACCUGGAGCUCGCGGGAGCGGCCGCG